AUGCUUAAAAGACACGGAUUAUUUUGGUUAAAGACAUGUCCCCGUCUAAAUGUUCUUCAAAAAUAUUCAAUACUUAUACCUCAUUCAUUUAUUAUUCGUAACGUUUACCAACGAAGGCAGUACGCGAAGGGAAGAAGAAACCAGGUUGUAAAGAAAGAGUUAAAGCCACUUAAGUUUCCCAUUCCAAAUUAUAUCUCCGUAAAUAAAUUAGCCAAUUUGCUAAACUGUCGCGUGGAGAAACUAAUCAAAGAUUUGACAGCACUGGGCUUUGAGAAUAUUACAACAACUUACAUCCUAUCAAAAGAAUAUGUUGAACUGAUUUUACAAGAAUACAACUUUGCACUUCCGAGUCUCUCAACAUCUACUAAUUUGGACAAUGUUUAUGAUGAGCUAAAAUCUCCUGUCAAUCCAAAGUUAUUAACGAAAAGACCUCCUGUGGUGACCAUAAUGGGCCAUGUUGAUCAUGGUAAGACAACUAUCAUAGAUUAUCUGAGGAAAUCCUCUGUUGUUGCUCAAGAACACGGUGGGAUCACACAACACAUUGGUGCCUUUCAGAUAACAACUCCAAAGUCUGGCAAAAGAAUCACAUUUCUAGAUACUCCUGGUCAUGCAGCCUUUUUAAAAAUGAGAGAGAGAGGUGCAAAUAUCACUGACAUCAUUGUUCUCGUGGUCUCUGUUGAAGAUUCUGUUAUGCCGCAGACGUUGGAAGCCAUAAAACAUGUCAAAAAGUCAGGCAAUGAAUUGAUAAUUGCAAUAACGAAAAUAGACAGGAUUCCUCAGCCGAAAGAACGUGAAAAAAAAAUUGAGAAAGUCAUCAAUGAUUUGAUUAGUCAAGAUAUUGCAGUUGAGAAAAUCGGUGGAGAUGUUCAGGUGAUUCCCAUAAGUGCCAAAACCGGCGAAAAUAUGGACCUCUUAGAGGAAUCGAUUGUGUUGUUAAGUGAUGUGAUGGAUAUUAGAGCCGAGAAUUCCCCUAAAACUAUUGCAGAGGGAUGGAUUAUCGAAAGUCAAGUCAAAAAGCAAGUUGGAAAUGUAGCUACCAUUCUGGUUAAAAAAGGCACUCUACGAAAAGGCAAAAUUCUGAUUUGUGGUAACACAUUUUGUAAAAUCAAAAACUUAAUCGAUGACAAAGGUACACACAUUCCUGAAGCAACACCGUCCUUUGCUACUGAAGUAUUUGGAUGGAAAGAUGUUCCACAUGUUGGAGACGAAAUAAUUCAAGUCAAGAGUGAAGCGAUUGCCAAAAAGUUCAUUAGUAAGAGGCAAGAUCUUGUCGAGGUUCAGAAAAACUGUAGUACCGUUGAAAGGUUAAACGAAGAGAGAGCUUUAGCCAAAGAGAAUCACCACAACAAAGAUAAAGAUGUUGAUUCAGAAAGUCAAGAUGCCACACAGGACAAUAAACUGGACGCCGGACCUAAAAAUAUUAAUUUUAUCAUCAAGUGUGAUGUCUCUGGGUCUGCUGAGGCAGUCUCAGAAAGUAUUUCUUCGUUGGGGAAUAAUGAAGUGAGAUGUAACGUCAUAUCUUCUUCUGUCGGUAUACCUGCUGAAAGCGACUUGAAGAUGGCACAAAUAACGGAUAGCACAAUCCUGUGCUUCAAUUUGGGUAAUUUACCCAGCGAGGUAAUCAACAAUAGGGCUGGCAUCAAAAUAAAACAGUACAAUGUUAUCUAUAAAUUAAUCGAGGACGUAACUGAAACGUUGACUGAAAAUCUCAAACCAAUUUUUGAAAAAAAAAUAAUCUCAACUGUAGAUAUUCGUGAAAUUUUUGAUUUUAAACUGAAAAAGAAAACAAUUAAAAUUGCCGGUUGCAAAGUAAAUAACGGUAUCAUCAAGAAGAAUUCAUUGAUUCAAGUAGUUAGGGGUCCUAAUGACGAUGUCAUUUUCKAUGGAACGCUCUCAACUCUAAAACAUAAUAAAGAUGAUGUAGCAGAAGUUUCAAAAGGACACGAAUGUGGGAUCACAUUUGAGAACGCUUUUGAAGGUUUUAAACCCGGUGAUAAAAUUUUGGCUUAUGAAAAUGUGAAAGUUCCUCGUUAUCUGUAA